UUGCUUGAACUGUGGAGAAAAUAUUUUCUCUGAGUCACCAUGGCAGUGACUGCACACACAAUCAACUAGAAAAGACAACCUAAUUACACUCUGACCAGCUGUGCACAGUCUUUGGUGGAAUGUGAAGCACCCUAUGCAUCGUGUGUGGGCAGUAUCUAUUUGAGGCUAAGUAGGUUUCUAGACAUCUGUGCGCGCACACACACACACACACACUGUAUGAGUUUCUAUUUCUGUCAGGAGGGUACCCCACCACGGUAAGUUUAACUGUUGUAACAGGUGGGUGUGUGUAUCUGUGUUUGUGGGUACAACAGGAAGAGUAAUUGAGGAGUACUAAGGGGGUCAGUUUGUUGUCGUGAAGCAGGCUGGAGGGAGGGGAUUUGGGUGCUAUCGCCUUUCUCACAGUGGACGGGUUGGAGAGGCAAAGUAUGAGAGGAAAGGAGAGAGAGGAGAGAGGCCAUGGCUGACCAGGACAACUCUAUCACUGCUGAUGCUGUCAGUAGUUUUCUGCGUGCGGCUCGUUCUGGUAACAUGGACAAGGCCAUUGACCACAUAAAGAAUGGCAUAGACAUCAACACAGCCAAUCAGAACGGGCUGAACGGGUUGCAUCUGGCCUCUAAAGAAGGCCACGUUAAAAUGGUGCUGGAGUUACUACAUGGAGGCAUCGAUGUGGAAACCCAGACUAAGAAAGGCAACACAGCUCUGCACAUUGCUGCCCUGGCUGGGCAGGAGCAAGUGGUGGCAGAGCUGGUAAAUUACGGGGCCAACAUCAAUGCCCAGUCCCAGGUGAGACCCCAGCCAGUGUCGGAUGAGACCCCGACCCCCCUGGCAGAGCCCCCCGCAGAGGAGCCACCAGCCACAACGGAUAACCAUACAAAGGGCUUCACACCGCUCUACAUGGCCUCACAAGAGAAUCAUCUAGAAGUUGUGAAGUUCCUUUUGGAGAACGGGGCCAAUCAAAGCCUUCCCACUGAGGAUGGCUUCACCCCUCUCGCCGUGGCUCUUCAGCAGGGACAUGAGAAUGUCGUGGCCCUGCUCAUCAACUAUGGCACCAAGGGGAAAGUCCGUCUCCCCGCGCUGCACAUAGCAGCGCGGAAUGAUGACACACGCACAGCUGCCGUGCUUCUACAGAACGACCCUAACGCAGACGUCCUGAGCAAGACAGGCUUCACACCGCUCCAUAUCGCCGCACACUACGAGAACCUGAACGUAGCCCAAUUGUUGCUCAACAGAGGAGCCAAUGUCAAUUUCACCCCUAAGAAUGGCAUCACACCUUUGCACAUCGCAUCCAGGCGGGGGAACGUGAUCAUGGUACGACUCCUGCUGGACCGAGGGGCACAGAUUGAUGCCAAGACCAAGGAUGAGUUGACUCCACUGCACUGUGCAGCCAGGAACGGACACGUGAGGAUCAUUGAGAUCCUACUGGACCAAGGGGCUCCCAUCCAGGCCAAGACCAAGAACGGCCUGUCUCCCAUCCACAUGUCAGCACAGGGGGACCACAUGGACUGUGUGAGACAACUCCUGCAAUACAACGCUGAGAUUGAUGACAUCACAUUGGACCACCUGACCCCCCUGCACGUGGCAGCCCACUGUGGGCACCACCGCAUGGCCAAAGUGCUGCUGGACAAGGGAGCAAAACCCAACUCCCGUGCACUGAAUGGUUUCACUCCGCUUCACAUUGCCUGUAAGAAGAACCACAUGCGUGUGAUGGACCACCUGCUCAAACACUCAGCGUCCCUAGAGGCUGUGACAGAGUCUGGCCUGACUCCUCUACACGUGGCCUCGUUCAUGGGCCACCGCAAAAUAGUCACCCAUCUGGUACAGAAGGGGGCUUCUCCUAGUGCUUCCAAUGUAAAAGUGGAGACUCCUCUCCACAUGGCAUGUAGAGCUGGACACUAUGAGGUGGCAGAGUUCUUACUGACCAAUGCAGCACCAGUAGACGCCAAGGCAAAGGAUGACCAGACACCACUCCACUGUGCGUGUCGGAUGGGCCACAAGGAGCUGGUCACUCUGCUGCUGGAACACAAGGCCAACCCCAACUCCACCACCACAGCCGGACACACACCCCUCCACAUCGCUGCCCGUGAGGGACACACUCAGACUACACGCAUCCUACUAGACAUGGAGGCCCAGCAGACCAAGAUGACCAAGAAAGGCUUCACUCCUCUCCAUGUGGCUUCUAAAUAUGGCAAAGUGGACGUGGCAGAGCUGCUGCUGGAGAGAGGGGCCAACCCUAACGCUUCUGGCAAGAAUGGACUGACUUCUCUCCAUGUGGCUGUCCAUCACAACAACCUGGACGUGGUUAAUCUGCUGGUCAGCAAGGGAGGCUCCCCACACAGUGCAGCUAGGAAUGGCUACACCCCUCUCCACAUAGCUUCCAAGCAGAACCAGGUGGAGGUUGCCAACAGCCUGCUGCAGUACGGCGCCUCGGCCAAUGCUGAAUCCCUCCAGGGGGUCACGCCCCUUCACCUGGCAGCUCAGGAGGGCCGGCCUGACAUGGUGGCCCUGCUCAUCUCCAAACAGGCCAACGUCAACCUGGGGAACAAGAGUGGACUGACUCCUCUCCACCUGGUGGCACAGGAAGGCCACGUGGGCAUCGCUGACAUCCUGGUGAAGCAAGGGGCAUCAGUGUAUGCUGCCACACGGAUGGGAUACACCCCUCUCCAUGUUGCCUGCCACUAUGGCAAUGUAAAGAUGGUGAAGUUCCUCCUGCAGCAGCAGUCCAACGUCAACAGCAAGACCAAGGUUGGUUACACUGCACUGCACCAGGCGGCCCAACAGGGCCACACAGAUAUCGUCACCUUAUUGCUCAAACAUGGAGCCCCGCCCAACGAGGUCACCACUAACGGUACGUCAGCCCUGUCCAUCGCCAAGCGGUUGGGGUACAUCUCCGUAAUCGACGUUCUCAAACUGGUCACAGAGGAGACGGUUUCCAUUACCACCACAGAGAAACAUCGUAUGAGUUUCCCAGAAACAGUGGAUGAGAUAUUGGACGUAUCAGAGGAUGAAGGAAUUGCACAGCUAACAAUGGGGGAGGAGCUGUUGGGGACAGAAGGAGCCAGGUACAUGAAGAUGGAUGACUUAAAGGACCACGAUGACGAUUUCCUAUCACCCAAGAAAUCUAUGGACAACUACUCGCCUGCCAUUCCCAGGAUCCCUUGUGUAUCCCCAGAGAUGGUCCACCUAAAGGAGCAUGAGAUGGAGCAGGUACACACUCCAAUGCCAUUACAUAGGGAGUAUGAUGAUGACUCCCUGAUCCCCAGCAGUCCAGCUACAGAGACUUCUGACAACGUCAGUCCUGUGGCCAGCCCCAUACACACAGGGUUCCUAGUGAGUUUCAUGGUGGAUGCUCGGGGUGGCUCGAUGCGAGGCAGCAGACACAACGGUCUGCGUGUCAUCAUCCCUCCACGGACCUGUGCUGCCCCCACACGUAUAACCUGCCGUCUGGUCAAGCCCCAGAAGCUCCCCACCCCUCCCCCCCUGGUGGAGGGAGAGGGCCUGGCCAGCCGUAUCAUCUCUCUGGGCCCAGCCAGCAUGCAGUUCCUAGGGCCUGUGAUCGUGGAGAUCCCACACUUUGCAGCCCUGGGUCGAGGGGACCGGGAGCUGGUGGUUCUGAGGAGUGAGAAUGGCUCUGUUUGGAAGGAACACCGCAAUCGCUACGGGGACGAUGUGCUGGAGACUAUCCUCAAUGGGAUGGAUGAAGAUCUGGAGAGCCAAGAGGAGCUUGGGAAGAAGCGUAUCCGACGAAUCAUCUCCACUGACUUCCCCCUCUACUUUGCUGUGGUGUCGCGUGUCCAGCAGGAGAGUGACCUAAUUGGCCCAGAGGGGGGUCAACUGACCAGUAAGCUGGUGCCGAUGGUCCAGGCUACGUUCCCUGAGACAGCGGUCACCAAGCGAGUCCGUCUGGGCCUGCAGGCCCAACCAGUCCCAGACGAGCUGGUUGCCAAGCUGCUGGGUAACCAGGCAACCUUCAGCCCCGUGGUGACUGUGGAACCACGGCGACGCAAGUUCCACCGACCCAUCGGCCUGUGCAUCCCCCUGCCCCCCUCCUGGAGAGAGAGCCCCCGGGACUCUGGGGAGGGGGACACCACCAGCCUGCGCCUGCUGUGCAGUGUCAUCGGUGGCACAGCCCCAGCCCAGUGGGAGGACAUCACUGGUACCACCAAGCUCAUAUAUAGCAAAGACUGUGCCAACUUCACAACCAAUGUGUCAGCACGGUUCUGGCUGGCUGACUGUCCUAGGACAGCCGAGGCUGUGUCUUUCUCCAACCUCCUGUAUCGAGAGCUCUCAGCUGUGCCCUACAUGGCCAAGUUUGUGGUGUUUGCCAAGAUGAACGAGGUCCGUGAGGGUCGCCUGCGCUGCUACUGCAUGACUGAUGACAAGAUGGACAAAACCCUGGAGCAACACGAGAACUUCAGUGAGGUGGCCCGCAGUCGUGACAUCGAGGUGAUGGAGGGAAUGCCACUGCACCUGGAGUGUUCUGGGAACCUGGUUCCAGUGAGGAAGGCUACCCAGCAGCCUCGCUGUUUCAGCUUCCAGGCCUUCAAAGACAACAGACUCCCCGUCUCAGUCAAGGUGAGAGACAGUAGCAAGGAUCACUCUGGAUUCCUGUCCUUCCUACGCAAGUCUACCAAGUACGAAGACAGCCAACAUGUGCUGUGCAACCUCAACAUUACCAUGCCCCCGUGUAUCAAGGCUGCUGGUAGUGAAGACCGGAGGCGAACUCUGACCCCAUUAGCCCUGCGAGAGAGAUACAGCGCCAUGAAUGAGCCUGCCAUGGGUAAAGCAUCAAUGAGUGCCAUGGAAAGGACAGAGUUGAAGAUGGCUUUGAUAGCUGAACAGUUGGGACUUAGCUGGGCUGAGCUGGCGAGGGAGCUACAGUUCAGUGUAGAUGACAUUAAUAAGAUCCGUGUGGAGAAUCCUAACUCCCUAUUGGAGCAGAGUUCUGCCCUGCUCAACCUAUGGGCCACCCGUGAGGGCAAGAGAGCCAAGAUGGAUAGUUUGUAUACAGCUCUGAAGAGCAUUGACCGGAUGGACAUAGUGAACAUGUUGGAGGGCCAGGGGCCACAGCCUGCAGGGAGGCAGGCCCGGGAGUCAAGCAGACGCAGACGCAACGAGACUGACCACGUCUCCCCCAGCCUGAGCAAUGGUUACGGGCUGAUGCAGGAGGAGCUGCUCUCCCCUCCCUCCAUGCAGUACAGCCUGCCCUCCCCGCUGGGCAACGAGCCCUACUGGCAGGAAGUCUCCAGUCUGGAGUGUGCUCCAAUGGCCACCACUGAGGAGGACACGCUCAUGGAGAUGUCCGAUGUGCAGGUGUGGCCCUCUGGCAACAGCCCCUCCCUAGUGGCCGUGGAGGACUCCUCGCUGGAGUGCAGCAAUGCCGACGACUCGGAGGGGCUGCUGGGGCUGCCGUAUGGGAGCCUGGGCCGGCCGGGCAGUGGGGCCAGCGGUGGGGGGCUGAGUGGAUCUAUGGAGCUGGUGGAGGACAACUCAGAGAUGGGGGCUGUUGACUCAUUCAGCACCGCCACACAUGCCACCCCUGCCUCGUUCAGCACCGCCACACCUGCCACCCCUGCCUCAUUCAGCACCGCCACCCCUGCCACACCUUCUUCGUUCGGAGGCACCAUCGCCGCCGCGGUCAACAACAUUAAUGGGCUGGACAAAGGUCAAGUGUCAAAUGUCGUGAGGUCGGAGGCAGCAGCGGUCGGAGGCAACAUGACGGGUGGAGAUGGAGAUGGAGCUGGAGGAGGAGGAGGAGGGACAGGCUCAGAGGAAGGGCUUUCUCUUGUUGCAGGACAACAGCAGCGGGUGUACGCCCGGCUGAGCGAGUCGCCCGGUCUGAGCCGCGUGGCAGAUCGUAAUGGAGACAGGUCCAGUGGUGGUACUGGAGGCAGCGGUGGAGGUGGUGGAGGCUCUUUCCUGUCCUACCUGCAGGAGCAGUCGGGUCCAGGCUGGCAACCUGUCACAGACCACACUCAGGCCUGGGUGGGCUCGCAGACAGCCAAACCCAGGCAGGCCAUGGACUCUAUGAUGUCAUCAGUACGCGCCGCCAUGGACAUGGACCCCAGCCAGUCGCGCGUGUCCCAAGAGGCCUUGCUUCAGCCAGUGCGUGACAUGGGGCACACGGAGAUCCUGCGUGGGCACUUCAGAGGCACCCAGCCAUUUGAGAAGGGCCUGGGGUUCCCUCACAGGGUGCCAGAGCUGCGGACCUGGGACGAAGUACGCCUGAGGGGGCAGGGUGACGAGGCCAAGGAUCUCCCAGGGGAACAAGUGAGCGAGGAACAGUUCACAGACGAGCACGGAAACAUUGUCACCAAGAAGAUUGUGAGGAAAGUGGUGCGCAGGGGGAAGGGCUCAGGUGAUGAGGGGUGUCAGGAGCGUUCAGUGGGCGUGGAUGGCUCUCUGCAGGAUGAGCUGGAGGCUGAAGCGGAGCAGUUCAUGAACUACGCCGUCCUGAGCAGCAAGCCGGAUAUUGUGGAUGUGAAGAAGGGUGCUCAGAUAGUGAAAUGUGCCAGUCUGCGGAGAGUAAAGCAGUGAGGCAUGCAGACAGAGUGGCAGAGUGACACGUCCCCGCAGGAGUUGAACCCCACACCAAAACAACCCUACUUAGACACAUGACCGGCAGCAGGAGACAGGGGAAGAGUGCACAUGAAGAGGAGUGUAAUAAUGGAGAUAAAAGGAGAUCUGAAUGACAAAACACCAACUUCAUAAUAACGACAACCACAACGGCUACGCCGAUGAUCAGCACGCACCGGAGAAGGAAAUGGAUGUACUUGUAGUUUUCGUACUUUUUUUUUUUUAAGAAACUAUCAAAAAAACAUUAACUACUAGGCUAGAAGCAUGAUUUCGUAUAAAACAAAAACCAAACAGAGACAACAAAAAAACUAGCAACCAAAACGUGCUUCCUGUUAUAUGUAUCAGCAUGAAUGACUGCUGGCGCAUGGCCUGUCUUUAACUACAGUACUAGGGGUUAUGGGGGGGGGUGUAGGGAAAGGUGAAUAUGUCAUACAUCCCUUUCCUGAAGAAAAAGGGCAGUGUUUGUUUGUGAAACUUCUGAAAAGGGAGUCUGUUAAAUACUCUGAAUUAUCUCUAGGCAAAGGUUUGCUCCCCUCUCCCUGUCACACUAAUCAAACUCUUCUAGCAAACAAACAUCACCACAGGCUAGUUUCAGCCUUAUGUCCCACUGUCCCACUCCAGUAGCCUACACUUAGGAUUUUGGUGUUGUACAUACUAUAUGCACUUAAAUGAUACGUGACUGAGUGUUACGUGUGUUUUAUGUCACAAAAACCUUCAUGCGAUGCUGAUGAUGCUGUUUCAGAUCUGCCCUGGUUUUCUUGGUUGGUUAACUCAAUGUGCAUAUUCUAUAUAUCUUGAUCUGUGUGGACAUAAGAACAAACAAAACAAUCUUCGUGUCAUUCUGCCUGUUUUAUCUGUCAGUUUUUGUUUGUCUGGUUAUUUGUUAUUUUGUGAUUUUCAUGUGCUCCCUCCCUUUGCUCCCUUCAUCUCACCCACAGGGCAUUAUUGGCUUCAGAAACAUUUCAUAGUUCUUUGUGUUUUAGGAAGAGGAGUUUCUGUGUUGACUUGCAUCCCCAACCCCAUAACCAACCUCCCCUUGAGUGGUUUGUGUGUUUCCAAGGUGAAUGUUAUUGGAGUAAAUGCUGGUGCAAUUAUUAGGACUUUGAAUAGGCCUUUCCCCUACCCUACAGUAUGUGUACAGCUAUAGUCUAGUUUGUCUGGUGGAUCCUGUCACCACCAUCUCCUGUAUGCAGCCCACUUCAGGCAUCUAUACACCCCAUCCUCCCUACACCUCUCCCUACACUCCCCCGUCCCUCUCAAUGUGGAUGUAGCAGUCCUGUCCUGUCCCUAUCGAUGUGGAUGUAAUAGUCCUGUCCUCUACCAGCAGGGGUCAGGGUUUCCUAAUAAUUAAUGUAGCAUCUCCCCUCUGCUGUGUCUGUCCAACAGCGACAGUGUUUCUGUCUGAUAUCACAGGAUAUAUCCAAGAAAGAGUUUACAGAUCAUCUCAGCACCUACCCGUCAUUCGAUAAGGGUAAAUAAGUAACUUGACCACCAUAGGCAAUAAUGUAGCUUUGGUUAAGCUGGUUACAGGUGAGAGUCAGCCAGAGAGAGAGGAACGUAGCUACUGAGAUUUGUAAGUGUUGGGAUUGUAAGUGUUGUUUGUAUUGUUGGCAACUCUCAGAAGUUUAGCGAAGACAGCCAGCCACCAAUCACUGUGAUAAAAAACUGUAAUAUUGACCCCACAACUGUGAGCCCACACAAACCCACCCCAAACCUUGCUCCUGUCCUCUCACCCCUCUCUUCAUGUCUGUACAACCCUACCCUGUUUCCCAUCAGAAAUGUAUUGUUGGAUGUUUGUUUAAAGGAAAGCAAUAAUAACUUUGGUUGAAGGAGUAGGUCUUUGUGUGUGUGUGUGUGUGUGUGUGUGUGUGUGUGUGUGUGUGUGUGUGUGUGUGUGUGUGUGUGCACACUAUGAUCACACUAUGAUCACUAUCAUUCACUACUUUGACUUUAGAUGUACUGUCUGAUCAGGAGCUAUGCCAGAACCCGAGUAACCCACUUGCUAUCCACUUGAGCUGCAUGGAACAGAAAGAGUUGUGGUUGUGUAAAGUAGACCAAGGAGACAUGUUAGUGGACUGAGUAACUGGUUAUGGGUUGUUGGAGAGUUCUCUUAAUCCAAAUGUUUUUCUCCCAGUCCCAACAGUGUUUAUUUUUUUGUGUGUGAUUGUGUGUGAUUGUGUGUGCUUGAAGGUUGGGGGGGCAAGGAAUCUAACUUCAUACCAGCCAUUCCCUGAGUUUUAUGCAAGCUGUCAAAUGUAUCAUUUUCAAACUCAUCAAGGGAAUGUAGCAACACUGAAAAACAGCUAAAAGUGUCCACUCAUUGUUGAUUUAAGCCUUAAUGACAUUCAUAUUUUACUUUAAGGAAACAUUUGAAUGUUGUGUGCGUGAAUGCAUGUGAUGAGUCCUCUGAUUGUAAGUACAAUUGAGACUGACACAGUACAACAGCAUUUAGUUUCGACAAAUGACAGUGCAGGGUUGAAGGAGGUAAAUCGGCAUGGGUGUGAAAGUGAUAUGACACUACUGGUGGACAUAACAGAGGCUCUCCAGUCCCUAACCUAAUUCAUACAAAACAUGGUCACAGUAAUGUUACCUCAGUACAUUAUAUCAUAUUAGAUGUAUAGAUCAUCUUGGCACUGUACCGUAACUGAUCUAAUACAUUACAUUUCUCAUAUUGAAGGAAAAUGUGUCACAAACACUCCAGCGAGUAUAUAAAUCAACACUCUGCAAUAAUAAUACAUGUAAAUGAAUCUCCAGUCGAGGUCCAUGCUUUACCCGCCUCUGUAGCCACAAAUAAUGAAUGUAAGGUGUUGCUCUGUAGAUGUUAGUUGAGUAGGAAGGCUAGAUGUCAGGCUGUUUGAGUCUAUCUACAGAACUCAGGAUCUGUUGUUUAUCAAAGAAACUGUAUAAAACUGAACACUCUUAUAUAUGCAUACAUAUUCAUAAGUCAAUACCCAUCCAUGCAUGAUCAGAACAAGAGAAUGAGAAAGAGAAAGAGAACAGAUCUUCAGCUCAGGAUUUUGUAUUGAGACAUUUGAUCAUCUAUCCCUCCCUCUGCAGGGGAGGUGACAGGGACAGCAGACUGGGCUAUGUGGAUCUAUGGGAGAAGAGUGUUAGACAACUCUCUGACAAUACAUGGGGACUUCAUUUGCUAGGUUUUUUUUAGAUGGCAAGCAUUUUUCCUCAACACCGCCCACCCCCAUUCCAUCCCUGCUCCCUAUAACCAAAAAGAGAUUGAGCCAGUUCUAAGGCUUCCUUCCACACAGUGACAGGUUGAGCGGAGGAGUCAAUGAGAGGUAGGAGUGGAUAGGACUUUAGACUUAUUCAAAGUUAUAGUGAAAAUAUCAUGAACUGAAGGACUAUGGAGGUGACGACAUAAACCAAGUUCAUGCAAAAAAUAUUAACUGUUGCAAAAACUAGAGAACACAUAUACUCCUUUAGAAUGUAUUGAAGACAUUAUUAACGCAAUAGCAUAUUACUCAAUACUUAGGAAUGCAACUGCGCACAUGCACAGAAAAUGUUUUUAAUAUAAAUGAAUAUAUAUAUAAUAUAUGAAAAUAUAUAUUUACUUAGAAUGCUAUGCACCCUUGUCAACGGGAUUAUAGUAAUGUUAUGGAUGUACUUUUGGCAUCAUAGCUACCAAGAGACUGUUGAGUUAUGGGUAAUGCCUGAAACCUGGGAAAAAUAGGGGUCUUGUGGGUAUUUUAACUUGUUUUGUUUGCUUUUUUUAUUGUUAUGAAGAGGUCAAAUAUGGAAAACGUAUAUAAAUGUACAAUCCUUUUAAUCAAAUGGAAUCCGAUGACAUCUAUAGAUAAUCUACCCUGUACACCAGCUCAAAUCAUUUACAAAAUUAAUAAAGAAAUUAAAUGUC